UAGAUAUAGAAGAGUGAAUCUUCGUCUCUUCGUAUCUCCAUCAUCUGAAAUCGAACAUAGAUAGAGAAGCUCACUCGUAUCAAAAGUUGGAAAACUGUUCCAAUUCGUCUCGGAAUGUGGAAAGCCACUCGUGUAGCAGCAAUAAAAUCCAUAUCCCCACAAAUGCUUGAAACCAAAGCGUCUCUGCAGUUCAUCCCUUCACGGAGAAGAUCAAUUUUUCCUCUGUUUCCUAAUUCCUUGACCCGAUUGUCGCAAUGGCUGGUGGUUCAUCGUAUAGCGACUACGAGGAGGUUCGCGGCGGCGCCGCCGACGCUAGAACCAUCGUUUUAGUAGGUAAGAUGGGUAACGGCAAAAGCGCCACCGGGAACAGCCUCAUUGGCCGCGAGGUGUUCGAUUCUAUGCUUAGCCUAGGCGGCGUAACCGCCACUUGCAAACUCGAGACCACUGUCUUAGACGAUGGCCGAAUUCUCAACGUCGUAGACACUCCCGGUUUAUUUGAUCCUUCUGUGGAACCUAAUGUGAUGGCUAAAGAGAUUGCGAAUUGCAUUAAUCUGGCCAAGGAUGGAAUCCACGCAGUUCUUCUAGUUUUAACUCUAGGCAGCCGUUUUACGGAGGAAGAAGGCUCGACAUUUGAGAGUUUGUGCGAAAUCUUUGGUGGGAAAAUUGCUGAUUAUAUGAUUGUGGUGUUUGCUCACGGUGAUCUUCUGAGAAACAAUCUGACUCUGGAUCGUUACUUGGGUAGUAAUUGCCCUGAGCAGUUGACGAAAACUCUGGCAAUGUGUGGGAACAGAACUGCUGUGUUUAAUAAUAUGACAGAAGAUAAAGUGAAGAUAAGGAAACAGAGGGAGGAACUUCUCUCUCUUGUGGAGAGUGUUGUAUCUCACAAUGCUGCUAAACCAUACACCAACGAUCUUUUCCAGCAACUCAAGAAGCAUCAGAUCAAUGAAUCUAGGCAAAAAAAAUGUAGUGAGAAGAAGGUGGGUGGAGAGCAGUUUGAACGGUUGAUUGAGAAGGUAAUGUUGGAAUUUCAUCAAUUAUAGUAUAUCUGUAAAAAAGGAAUUGUGAGAUGCAUGUAUAUUAUU